UUAUAUAAAAACACCAGAGUAUAUUUAUUUCGCGUCAUUGAAUUAUUUUGUAUGAAUAGAUAGAGUACUAUUAAGUGAUUUUAAAACCGCGGUUGUAUUAGUUGUUAACUUGUACUUAAUAUCCGUUGCCAAAAGAAUAUUGAUAUUGUGUAAUUGUUACUUUAAACUUGGAACUAUCACAAGUCAUCAAGGAUUUGAUAUAAUAACGUUUAAAUUCAGUAAAAUGGAUAAUAAACCGAGUGGUAAUGCCAGCAGCAAUAGGCCACUGUCUAUUGAAGCAGCACCAGCUCAACCAGAACCUGUACCAGCUGAAAAUCAACCGAGACAACCGAAUAGUUUGCAUGGUCUCCUGAGAUUUGCUAUGGAGGCACAGAAUCAAGACACAAAUCGUCCAUCAUCUUUUCAGCCUUUGGAUCAAGAGAGAAAAGAAUUUUUGAGUAAAGCUUUGGAAUCGAUGACAGUAAAUGUAAUUGAAGAGUUACAAAAGUCUGUAAAAGUAUUAUCAAACGUAAUGGAACUACGCGAUGGAGAUGAUCCAGCAGAAUAUGAAACAGCGCUAGAAUGUAUUGCAAGUUACGUCGACAGCAUUGACAUAGCCAAUGAUUUUUAUAAAAUUGGAGGAUUCGGAGUAAUUGGAGCCUGUUUGAAUUCACAAUUCGACAGCAUCAGAUGGAAAACUGCUGAUGUUAUCGCUGAGCUGACGCAAAAUAAUCCAUUCUGUCAAGAAAAAAUAUUAGAAAUGGGUUUGAUGCCGAUCUUAUUGGAAAUGGUUGACUCGGACCCUUCGGACCAGGCUAAAAUAAAGGCUCUCUACGCUGUUUCCUGUAUUGUUCGUGGUAAUGCAUUAGCACUGAAGUAUAUGGACGUAAAUGACGGAUACUCAGUAUUAAUAAGAGCGAUGCAGAGUCCCGUUCAAAAGCUACAAGUUAAAUCAUCAUUUUUACUGUCAGCUUUGUGUAGUAGAGACAACGCACAUGCUAUCAGAUCAAGUUUAAUUAAAAUGGGCAUCAUUGAACAAGCCUCAGGAUUACUGGCUAUGAGUAAUGUAAUUGUAGAUACUAGGGAUGCAUUGUUGAGUAUUUUAAACAGUUUAACGGCAAAUAAUAAUUUACCGGCACUGCGUGAGUGUCGGAGACCCGAGUUAUGUUUGAAAGCAACAUUAGAAAGGCAUUUGAAAGAUUUAAAAGCUGAAGAAGCUGUCGAUGAGGUCCAGGUGUGCAAUGAGCUGUUAGAUAAAAUAUUUGCCGACAACUCAUUACAGGAUCAAGACAGAUAAUUUACUUUACUGUUAUUAAUUAUCAUUAAUAUGUAUUAUUUUUUCAUACAAUAAAUUAUUUAUUGUGUAUAUUUUAAAAAAUUAAUAAAUAUUAUCGAUCAAUUAAUAA